UGCCAGGCUGCUAGGCAGACAGACUGACGUACGGAACCGACUGACGGAGGGAGACGCACACCACCAUGGGCUGCUGUAACAGAAGGUGCGGGCUGAUAGCCGGAGCUGUGUUUGGGGCGGUGGUUGCCAUCCUGGGAGGUGUACUUAUCCCACUGGGGGACAUCGUCAUUGAGGGGACAGUGGAGAAGGAAUCCGUCAUUGAGAAUGGAACGACAGCUCAUGACAACUGGGUGGCUACAGGGGCAAAAGUGUACAGGCAGUUCUGGUUUUUUGACGUGCAAAACCCCCAGGAGGUGGUGCAGAAUGGGGCGACUCCAGUGGUAGUGGAAAAAGGACCUUACACAUACAGGACAAGAUAUCUUGCAAAAGAGAACAUCACAUACAACCCCAAUAAUACAGUCUCCUUCCUGCUGCCUUAUGGCGCCAUCUUCGAGCCGUCCAUGUCCGUGGGAUCAGACCAAGACAAAGUCACCUCCCUCAACCUGGCUGUGGCUGGAGCUUAUUCUCUGGUUCCAAAACCACUUCAUGUGGUCAUUGAGAAACUGAUAAAGGAUACCAACUCAUCCUUGUUCCAGAACCGUACAGUCCAUGAAAUGUUGUGGGGUUACACUGACCCCAUACUGAAAGGAGAGCUGGGGCUAUUUGCACCUUACAAUGGUACAUAUGAUGGCUACUACAAUGUCUUCAAUGGGAAGGAUGACAUCUCAAAAGUGGGAAUAAUUGACAGAUGGCGGGGCGAGAGGAGUUUACAAUUCUGGGGAAACAAGUACUGUGACAUGAUCAACGGGACAGACGCUUCUUCAUUCCCUCCCUUUGUGGACAAGAAGAAGCCUCUCUAUUUCUUCUCAUCAGACAUCUGCAGGUCUGUGUCGGCUAGCUUUCAGGAGAGCCUGGUUCUGAAAGGGAUUGAAGUGUACCGCUACACCCUGCUGAGCAGCACUUUGGCCUCCCCUGUGGUAAACCUAGACAACGCUUGUUUCUGUAGAGAUCCAAAGACCACCAAGAACUGCACCAUGGCUGGAGUUCUGGACAUCAGCUCCUGCCAAGACGGAAAACCCAUCUACAUCUCCCUGCCCCACUUCCUCCAUGGCAGCGAGUCCCUGCUACAGGCUGUGAAUGGUCUCAGUCCCAGCUUGGAGCAACAUUUCACCUACUUCGAUGUGGAACCUAUAACCGGGUUCACCUUGAGGUUUGCCAAAAGAAUUCAAGUGAACAUGAUGUAUGGACCAUCGAAGGUCAUCACGGUGCUUAAGAAAGUCAAGGAUUAUACCAUAUUCCCUGUUGUUUGGCUGAACGAGACGGCUGAGUUGGAUGAAGAAACAGCAGACCGGUUUAAGAAGGAGCUUUUCUCCCGUGUCCAGAUGUUGGAGAUGAUACAGAUGGCUCUGCUGGGCUCAGGUGUGAUCAUCUUCGUCCUGUGCCUCAUCUCCUACUGCUGCGUGAGGAGAAGCGAAGGCAAGAUCGCGUAAACGAAUCGUGCCGCCGCUUCUGUUGAGUGCGAGUUGCAGAGCACAGUGCGUUUAAGCUGCUACGGGAAAAAAACAUCAAACCUUUUGAUAUAGACUUGCACAUUUUUGUAAUUUCAGUGUUAUUUAUAAUGUCACACUUCCUUUGAUACCAAGGGGGGGGAAUACUGUGAUUUUGUAAAGCUCAAGAGCUUUGCUAAAUAUUAUUUGAAUUGCAAACACUGUAACGUUAACUCAAUCAGGGAUCUUUGGAAGGAAAGCAGAUGAAAACUCCUCUUUACGGUCAGGUUGUUAAUCAGAGGAGAGAUGUGUUGGUUUGACAUCCUAUAAAAGAAAUGUACGUGAAUAUAAUCUUGCGCAAAUGUUGAUAUCAUUUGCAGAAAUAAAUAAAAGCUGAAAAAGA